UGCCUCUGCAGCCCACAGACGGAGCGAUACAGGAAGAUACUACAGUCUGUGGGACCUCACCAUCUAAGUGACAUCUGAUUUUCAAUCCCUACUUGAAAUAAUCUCAAAGGGAAGAAGCAGUUUCAGUGGAAUUCACAGGAUUACUCUCGAGGAGACUGUCGGACAGUCAGUCUGCUGCGUUGACAAGGUGGAGAAAUGUGCACUCACAGAAGACAAGGAGUGUGGAAUUGAGCACAGAAGAGAGAAGAUGCCUAAAAUGAAACAAUAAAGUAGAGUUAAAUUUGGGGCCUGUGCGGACUCCUUGCGGCAACAGUUGGAUGCACAUCCUGACCCGGCCACCAUGACGAUGAAAGGCCUGUCCAGCAGCCGCAGUCACCACACAGUGACCUGUGACCCUUCUUAUGACUCUAUGACCCUGGGACACUCCGAUCGUCGGUCCUACUUCCUCAGCCCCGGGGAGGCUCAUUCUGCUGACCAUCCCUGUUACACCCAGCGGAACUCCUACCAGUCUGAGUGCAGUACCUAUCCUGAUCUGGCCAGCUGCACCUUUCCUCGCAGACAUUACAGCUCUCAUCAUGAGCUGAAAGAGGAGUGCGGCGCUCUGGUGCCUUACACUGGCCCUACGGGGAGUAAGGGAAGUGGAGGAAAUAACAAUCGCAUCCCCUCUAACUUGCUGGAACAGUUCGAGAGCCAAGCGCCUUUGCGCCGUGAAGGCUACCACACUCUACAGUACAAGCGCACAGCUGUAGAGCACCAACGCAGUGAUAGCCCAGGUCGAAUCCGUCACCUUGUUCACUCUGUCCAGAAGCUUUUCACAAAGUCCCAUUCUCUGGAGGGACCAUCUGGUUCUGGUGGUGGAGGUAGUGGGAGGAUGAAUGGCAGCAAAUCCAGUCCUGAUGAUCCUCCCUCAUGCUCUGGCACUCUAAAGCACAGUAAGCGUAGUAAGAGCAAAGACCGCUCCAAGUCAGAGCCUAAAAUGCGAUCGGCCAUAUCAGGCUACUGGAGCUCAGAUGACACACUUGACCGGGAAGUGUGUCUCUAUCACCACCAACAAGGUGGCAGCGGUGGAACUAUGCCCUCUGGGGUCAUGACUAUGGGUCGCCACCCAGAUAAAUCCCAGUCGCAAUACUUCAUGGAGUCCUACAACACUAUUAGCGCGCAGUCUCUGAAAACUUCCCGCAGCAACAACGAUGUGAAAUGUUCAACAUGCUCCAACAGCAACAGUGGAGUUCUGCCAUUGAUGGGUCCACUCGAUGGCCAAGUUCAACUAAAGAAGAGCUCCUGGUCCUCUACUCUGACAGUUAGCAGAGCCAGAGAGGUCUACCAGAAGGCCUCAGUCAACCUAGAUAAAGCUCUUGUGAAAGCUGAGCAGGGACGCACUUGCCAUUUCCUACAGGUACCUCAGGAUGACUGGAGUGCUUUCUCCCCACUUGGGAAGGAUGAUGAGAUUCCCUGUCGGCGAAUGCGCAGCGGCAGCUACAUCAAGGCCAUGGCAGAGGAAGAUAGCGGUGACUCAGACUGCAGUCCAAAACCUUCGCCCAAGGUCCAGGCAAGACGAGCCAGCUACCUGAAGGCCACGCAGCCAUCGCUCACAGAGAUGACUACACUCAAGAUUUCCACAGAGCACUCACCCAAGCUGCAAAUCCGGAGUCACAGCUAUCUGCGGGCGGUGAGUGAGGUUUCCAUCAAUAGAAGUUUGGACAGCUUGGACCCGGCAGGGCUGCUGGCCUCACCUAAAUUCCGCUCCCGAAAUGAGAGCUACAUGAGAGCUAUGAGCACCAUCAGCCAGGUGAGCGAGGUGGAGGUGAACGGGCAGAUUGAGGCGGUAUGUGAGUCAGUGUUCAGUGAGAUGGAGUCACAGGCAGUGGAUGCCCUGGACCUGCCGAUGCCGGGCUGCUUCCGCAUGCGGAGCCACAGCUAUGUGCGUGCCAUAGAGAAAGGCUGCUCGCAGGAAGAAGAGGAGGGAGCCAUCACAGUGAGCAACAGGAGAACCAACUCUCCACCACGCACCGCCACCACCGUCAGAACCAUCCAGAGCAGCACAGUGUCAUCAUGCAUCACCACCUACAAAAAGACACCUCCCCCUGUUCCACCACGUACCACCCCAUCCAAACCCUUUAUUUCCAUCACAGCCCAAAGCAGCACAGAGUCUGCCCAGGAUGCGUACAUGGAUGGCGGCUCCGGGCAGCGAACGGGCAUCAGUUCCCAACCGGGGUUGUCCAACUCUACAGAGAGCAUCGAUAGCAUGAAGGCCCUGACAGCAGCCAUAGAAGCAGCUAAUGCUCAAGUGCAUGGACCUGCCAGCCAACAUGUCACAAACAGCACCAUCACAAUCACUGCCACGGCAACCACCUCCGCCGUCGCACAUGUCAGCGCUGACGCCAAGGCGCAAAGAGAAGCGCUGCGCAAGUGCCUCUCCAUAGGGAUUCAGGUGGACCCAGAGGAAGGAGGGCCAACAGAGGAACAGUCUAAAUUUCAGUCGAUAGGAAUUCAGGUGGAGGAUGAACGAUGUCACCGCAGGAUGACCCGGUCCAACAGUGUAACCACAGCUGUCCAGGCAGAUCUGGACGAUCCGACAGUUGUCCCAGAGCUGCCACCGCGUCACUACGCCACCAUGCCGCGCCAGCAUUCCCGAGAUGCUGCCACCUCCACUGUCAGCAUCCAGGGCUCUGGGAACCACUACCAUGCAUGUGCUGCAGAUGACUAUGGGGAGGUGGGGUUUGACCCAUCCAUCCUGCCUCCUCCGGAUCCUUGGAUGGAUAGCAUUCCAGAGCCAGAGGUGGAGGCUCUGGAGGCCGUCGGCCGAUCAGUGUGCCCCCGCGAUGGCCACUGGUUCUUAAAGUUGCUGCAGGCUGAGACGGAGCGUAUGGAGGGCUGGUGCAGACAAAUGGAGCAAGAUGAGAUGGAGAAUGAACUGCCUGAUGAGAUCCUGGGGAAGAUCCGCAGUGCAGUGGGGAGCGCCCAGCUGCUGAUGUCCCAGAAGUUCCAGCAGUUCCGGGAGCUAUGUGAGGAGAAUCUGAACCCAAAUGCACACCCACGGCCCGUCUCCCAGGACCUGGCAGGUUUCUGGGACAUGCUCCAGCUGUCCAUCGAGAACAUUAGCCUGAAGUUUGAUGAACUCCACCAACUCAAAGCCAACAACUGGAAACCUCUGACUCCCCCAGAAAUUCAGGAGAGAAGGAUGCCCCCCCCUGUGCCAAAGAAGCCCCUGAAGGGCCACCCACCCCUGGCUCGGGACCGCUCGCUGGAGAGCUCCGAGCGUCAGCGUCUGGAGGCUCGCAAACGCCUGCUAGCUGCCAAACGUGCUGCGUCUGUGCGGCAGAGCUCUGCAACCGAAAGUGCAGACAGUAUCGAGAUCUAUAUUCCUGAGGCUCAGACCAGACUAUGAGACACAUGCACACAUGUACCCAAGCACGUCUAAUACUGUACACUGUACCAUAAUUACACAGUAGCUCUGAAUGGUAAGGCUAGGGUGCUAACAUAACACACUCACCUUUUUUGCUGACGUUUCAGAUCACUGUGUGGUCACUCACAAUGGGAGUUGUUUGAACAAGAAAUGUAUAUUUACAGUAUUUAUUUAUUUAUUAACAUGUCUCCCCUUUACUGUCAUUUUCUCCUCCCAGCUUUGAUGUAGCAUUCCCUUUCUUUCCCGUACCUCCACCUGUUCCUCACUCUUAAAGAAUUGUCUAAUAGAACUCAUCUUUUGAGUGGCCUGAUCCUGGUGUAGCACAGCAGUGAUGCUUCACGAUAAAAAUAAUAUCCAAGUACUAUAAUCUCACAGUUUAAUUUUACAACAUGAGGUCAAACAUUACAACACAAUGGCAAAAAAAAACAAACAAAAAAAAACUGACAAGGCUAUUUUAGUAUCAACUGGUGACACAAGGCAUCUGUUUGAGAACAGUUCACCCCAGUGUCCCAAGGCCAACCCAAAAGGGAAAGUUGAGGUGUUAGAGGUUUUCCUCCAGGUGAGGUAGAGCCACUGGUGAGCCAUGAGUGUACUUUUGGGUCUUUGCAAAGAGUGAGAAUCACUGAAUUUAUCACUGUUACCACAAACAUAAUCUGUGUGUAUGUGUUAAAGAGAGUGUGCACUGUAUGUGUGUGUUUUGAUUCUGAUUUUAAAAAGUGCUUCCUAUUUUUCUAGGUCCAAAGCGUCCUAGCUGUAACUGAUAAUUAAGGUAGCAGUUUAAAAAAAACUGUAAACAAACCAUCUGGUCUCAUGUUUGUAUAAAGGACACAGAGUAUAAUGACAUGACUCGCAUGCUGACACAUUUUUUUGUCUUUUUUAACACAUUUAUUCCUAACUCAUGUUGCGAUCAAACUCUUCUGCGUAACAGACUAAGCUAAAGACUGAUAUUUGGUACAAUACUGGUAGUUGCUCUACAUUUUACUAUGUCGUUUUUAACCAAGAAAGGUUUAUAGACAGUAUUGAGACUACAGGACUGAAAAGGGACUAUUUUUCCUCACUGUGUGUGCACUAUCUGCCUCCAAAUGAAGCAAUUAUUGAAGGUCAUACAGAAAAAUGCUAUUUUGUAUUUGUGUUUAAUUUAUUGGUUAGGAGAAUAAUGACUGUUUAUUGACAUUGUGGUUAUUAUUAUUAUUAUUAUUGUUAUUAUUAUUAUAAUUAUUAUUAUUAUUACGCACUGACAACAAGGCCCUUAUACUGUGUUUGUGAUUUAUUUAUUGGUUCUUUAACAUGACAGGCACCUUUUUUGUCCUUUCUGUUUCAGUGAUCAGCCUUAAUUUCUAAAACAAUAGUCGAGCACAACAGCAGUCUCAGGGGAAAAAGCAUGUUGUGUGUUUGUGUGUGUUUGUACGGAUGAGAAAGUGUUUGACUUGUGACUGUAUGUGACCCAUGGCUUUGUCUCUGACUGUAUAUAACCCCUGCCAUCAGGAUAGGCCAUGAUCCUAAAUAAAGGAAAAAGUCAUCUUCUAAUCUAAACAAUGUUCCCAUUGGACAUCUCAGCCCGACUUUCUUCAGUAUAACAAGUUAUUUCUAUCAGCUGCUUGAAUGUGGAGACAAUCCUGAUCUGGUUUACAGUCUUGUUUUGAUCACAGAAUUGCAGGAUUUCGCUGUGUAGUUCAGCUAUGUAUUAAUCUGAUGUUUUGUGCCAUUGGAUAGGCAAAAAUAUAGCUUAUCCUGCUAUUUGUCCUUGUUGAACGGCUACCUGAAGUUUUCACUGAGAAAAGUAUGGUUGUAAAGGAAGUGAUGAUGUAACCGUACAAUAUGAUUUGUAUUUUCUUUAGCUGAUCAAUAACUACUUAGGUUUCAUAUAAACAAUAGCUCAAAUUUAAUGCCAUUUUAUGUAGAGAAAGCUAAUUUUAGUAUUUUUACUUUGGAUCUUGUAUUUGCAUUGAAUUGUCUGUCAAAUAAUUGACUAUUUAUGUUUAUUAUAUUAACAUAUCAAUAUAACACUCCUGGUAUAGCAGGGAGGUAGAAACCAGAAUGUUGGAUUGUGGACACUCCAGCACUUCUGAAGUCUGUGAUGUAGUUAAAUGAAUAGAAAAACAUUCAGAUAAAUAUUUGUAUAUAAAUGAAUGUUUCCCUAUGUAAAUGUAAACUAAAAAAAACACGAUCAAAUAGCAUAUUAAGCCCAUAUACAUUUUGUAAUUAAUGUUAUUACACUGUUGAUGUUAUGGCACGUGUAUGAGAUCAGCAUUAAAAAAACAAACA